AUUUUAAUGUGGGCAAAAUAGUAACUUAAUGUGUGACUCAGCGUUAUUAAUAAACGCAGCAGCUAGGGUUUAUCCGAAGCGGAGUAGCCAGAGAGAGGAAGAGGACAUCGCCGCUAAGUCAAAAUGGGUAUCUCCAGAGACUCCAUGCACAAGAGGCGUGCCACUGGUGGCAAAAAGAAGGCCUGGAGAAAGAAGAGAAAGUAUGAGCUUGGUCGUCAGCCUGCAAAUACCAAGCUUUCAAGCAACAAGACAGUAAGAAGGAUUCGUGUUAGAGGAGGCAAUGUUAAGUGGAGAGCCCUGAGAUUGGACACAGGAAAUUAUUCCUGGGGUAGUGAGGCUGUUACCCGCAAGACUCGUAUCCUUGAUGUGGUUUAUAAUGCCUCCAACAACGAACUUGUUAGGACCCAAACUUUGGUGAAGAGUGCUAUUGUUCAGGUUGAUGCUGCUCCAUUUAAGCAAUGGUAUCUCCAGCACUAUGGUGUUGACAUAGGCAGGAAGAAGAAGACUGUUGCUAAGAAGGAAACUACUGAGGAAGGGGAUGCUGCUGCUCCUGCCACGGCAGAGGAAGCUAAGAAGAGCAACCAUGUACAGAGGAAGCUUGAGAAACGCCAGAAGGAUCGUAAGCUUGACCCUCACAUUGAAGAGCAAUUUGGAGCUGGAAGAUUGUUGGCCUGCAUCUCAUCUCGACCUGGUCAAUGUGGCAGAGCUGAUGGGUACAUAUUGGAGGGUAAGGAACUUGAGUUCUAUAUGAAGAAGAUCCAAAAGAAGAAGGGCAAGGGUGCUGCCUAAAUGUUUUAACUGUCAAGAUUUUGCUGCCGACUGUCUGGUUUAUUUUAGUUUUGGUUUCUUGAGUUUUAGAAAUACGAUAUGAUACAUUAAUGGUAGAAUGCUAAAAUGAUGCUCAUUCUGUUUUGGAGCCAUUAGAAUCAACUUUAACGUUUUCUUUUUCCUUUUAUAUAAUCUAUUUGUUUUGCGGUUGUUAUUAUUUCCA